AUGACUGGCUCCUGCUGUGGGGGAGGCUGCUGCCAGCCCUGCUGCUGCCAGCCCUGCUGCUGCCGAGACCCCUGCUGCUGCCGCCCCUGCUGCUGCCAGACCACCGUGUGCCGCCCCGUGACCUGUGUGCCCCGCUGCACGCGCCCCAUCUGUGAGCCCUGCCGCCGUCCCAUCUGCUGUGACCCCUGUGGCCUGCAGGAGGGCUGCUGCCAGCCUAUUGCCUGCUGCCCCAUAUCCUGCACGGCUGUGUUCUGUCGCCACCGUGUCUGCUGUGAGCCCUGUGGUGUGCAGGAGGGCUGCUGCUGUCCCAUCACCUGCUGCCCCACAUCCUGCACGGCCAUUGUGUGCCGCCCCUGCUGCUGGGCUUCCACCUGCUGCCAGCCCAUCUGUGUGCAGGCGCCCUGCUGCCGGCCCCCCUACUGCCAGCCUGCCCCCUGCCGCACCACCUGCAGGACCUGCCCCUGCUGCUGCUGCUGA